GGGGGCGGGGUGGGGGGAGGACAGACGAGUAUGAAAAGCAAGACGGGGCCCAUCUCGCCAUUGAUCUUGAGGCGAUCAAGUCCUCUCCACCGCUCUGUGUCUGUGGAUCCAGCUCGAUCGGAAACGCACCGAUGUGCCGAAUCCGGUCCUAACCACUGUGGAACCAGGAGGAGACGCUGAUGGACGGCCCCGUGUCACCGGGAGUUCAGACACGUGGAAUCCUCCGCUGAGCCCACCCCACCGAAACACCUGUCCCUGCGCCGGAUGUGGAUCGGACCGGUCCGGUCCGAGCCGAGAGAGGACCUGAGCUGGUUCCGCGGGGUUGAUUCUUGCAUUCAUGUGGGAUCAGGUUCACAACUGGGAAAUGUCAUGGGAACAGUUAUCCAGGUCGGAUAAACGUUUAAGGAAACUCGGGGAGAGGCUUUCCUCGGCGGCGGCGUCCCGCUGGCUCGACUGGCCGCAGCAAGACGGCUUGAGGGGGGGGGGCGUGUCUUUUCCCAGAAACCCGUAGUUUACGCUAAAAUGGAGUGAGGACGUUCGUCUGGGUUUUAUCUUCCCUUUCACGUUUUUGGCGUCUUUUUUUGGAAAACACGAGAACGAGGUACAAAGGUCGCCCGCCUGCGACUGGAACCCCCCCCCCCCCCCCCACCACCCCCCGCGGCGUGAGUCGGCUCCGAUGGGGGCCGGUCGCGCCCCGGUCUGACCCCAUCCCACCCGGUUUGACCUUGCUGUGACCUCUGACCUCUCCGGUCCUGGCUCUCCAUCUGCUCUGCUGCCUGGGUUCCGGAACGCUCCGCCCUGGGGCCCAGAACGAGCCAAUCAGGAUGAAGAAGAGCCGCAGCGUGCUGUCCGUGACCGCAGAAGAGGUGCCCUGCUGGCUCCGCCCACGGGACCGCACGCGCUCACCUGAGGUCCUGAGCAACGUGACGCGGCCGACCACCCUCCCCCUCCGCAUCCCGCCGCGCAUCUCCAUCACACAAGCAGACGCCGACGGGUACGAAGCGGAGAAUGGCGUGUCGCCGGGUCACACCCCCCUGGGUUCGCACAGCCCGGGCCUCACCCUGCACACCCCCUUCCCCCCGGGCCAGAGGAGGGAGUCCUUCCUCUACCGCUCCGACUCGGACUACGACAUGUCGCCCAAGACGGUGUCACGGAACUCCUCCCUCGCCAGCGAAGGGCACGCGGGGGAGGACUUCAUCGUCACACCUUUUGCUCAGGUGUUGGCCAGUCUGCGAUCAGUGAGGAGCAAUUUUACCAUUCUUGCCAACGUCUCCACACCACCAAUCAAGAGGUCUCCCCUGGGCGGAGUGUGUGUCAGCCCCAGGGCGUCGCUGUCGGACCAGCAGUACCAGCAGCUGGCCCUGGACACGCUGGAGGAGCUGGACUGGUGCUUGGACCAGCUGGAGACCAUCCAGACGCACCGCUCCGUUAGCGAAAUGGCCUCCACCAAGUUUAAGAGGAUGCUGAACAGAGAGCUGUCCCACCUGUCCGAGAUGAGUCGCUCCGGCAACCAGGUGUCCGAGUACAUCUCCAGCACCUUCAUGGACAAGCAGAACGACGUGGAGAUCCCGUCCCCCACCCUGAAGGAGAAGUCCAUGAGUCACAUCAGCGGGGUGAGGAAGCUGUCUCACAGCUCCAGCCUCUCCAGCUCCUCCAUGCCUCGCUUCGGCGUCAACACGGAGCACGAGGAGGAGCUCGCCAAGGAGUUGGAGGAUCUGGACAAGUGGAGCUUCAACAUAUUCAGAGUAGCGGAUUUCUCCAACAACAGGCCUCUGAGCUGCAUCAUGUACACCAUCUUCCAGGAGCGAGAGCUGCUGAAGACGUUUCGUAUCCCGGUCGAGACCUUCGUCACUUACGUGAUGACCCUGGAGGACCAUUAUCACGAAAACAUUCCGUACCACAACAGCCUCCACGCCGCCGACGUGGCCCAGUCCACGCACGUCCUCCUGUCCACGCCGGCCCUCGAUGCGGUCUUCACCGACCUGGAGAUCCUCGCCGCUCUGUUCGCCGCGGCGAUCCACGACGUGGACCACCCCGGGGUGUCCAAUCAGUUCCUCAUCAACACCAACUCCGAGUUGGCCCUCAUGUACAACGACGAGUCCGUCUUGGAGAACCACCACCUGGCGGUGGGCUUCAAGCUCGUGCACCAGGAAAACUGCGACAUCUUCCAGAACCUCACCAAGCGGCAACGCCAGAGCCUCCGCAAGCUCGUCAUCGACAUGGUGUUGGCCACAGACAUGUCCAAACACAUGACCCUGCUGGCUGACCUGAAGACCAUGGUGGAGACCAAGAAGGUGACCAGCUCCGGCGUGCUGCUCCUGGACCACUACACGGAACGGAUACAGGUGCUGAGGAACAUGGUGCACUGCGCCGACCUGAGCAACCCCACCAAGACGCUGGCCAUCUACAGGCAGUGGACGGAGAGGAUCAUGGAGGAGUUCUUCCGGCAGGGCGACAAGGAGCGAGAGCGAGGGAUGGAGAUCAGCGCCAUGUGCGACAAACACACUGCGUCCGUGGAGAAGAGUCAGGUGGGUUUCAUCGACUACAUCGUCCACCCGCUGUGGGAGACGUGGGCCGACCUGGUGCACCCGGACGCCCAGGAGCUGCUGGACACGCUGGAGGAGAACAGGGAGUGGUACCUGAGCACCAUGCCCCAGUCCCCCUCCCCUCCCCCGGACAGACACCUGCAGCACGACCGCUUCCAGUUCGAACUCACCCUGGAGGACCUGGAGCACAACAACCACACCCACCUGCACCGUGACGGGGGGGAGGAGGACGAGGAGGACGAGGAGGACGAGGAGAAUCAUAACGGCGGACAUAACGGAGUCCGAGAGGAUGAGGAGGAGGAGGGGGAGGGGGAGGAGACCGGUGAAAAAGAGGAAGAUAAGAAGAACGCAGAGGAGGAGAAUGGUGAUAGGGAGGAGGAGGAGGAGGAGGAGGAGGAGGAGGAAGAGACUGGUGGAGGAGAGGAAAAAGAAGAAGGAGAAGAGGAGGAGAAUGCGGAGAAGGAGGAGACCGGUGAAGGUGAGGAGGAAGUCGAGGAGAAGGAAAUUGCAGAGGAGGAGGAAGCGACUGGUGGAGGAGAGGAAAAAGUUGAGGAAGAGGAGAACGCAGAGGAGGAGGAGUCUGGUGAACGAGAGGAAAAAGAAGAGGAGGAGGAGGAGGAGGAGGAACAUGGGGAGGAUCAAGUAGAAGAAGACCUUGAAGAAAAGGCCGAUGAAGUGAACGAUGCAGCGGAGGAAGAGGAGACUAAAGAAGAGGAGGAAGAGAGUGCGCAACAUCAGGAAGGAGAUCAACAGCCAGAAGGAGAAGUGGAAGACAAGGAUGCAGAAGCUUUGGAAAAGGUAGACGGAGAAUUAGAAGGCGAAGAGGAAAUCGAAAACGGGGAGGCAGAAGAGGAGGAAAACGAGGAGGGAAGGAAGGAGGAAGGAGGAGGAGAAGAUGAAGAGGCGGUAGCAAAUACUGAGGAGAACCUACAACCAGAAGAGGGUGAGACGGACGAGAUGGGGGAGGAAGCCGAGGAGGAAGUCGGAGAACCAGAACAUGUCGAAGAGGAAAAGGGAGAGUUGGAAGAAGUAGAAGAAGACGAGGAGGCGCCUGUUGAGGAAGAAGCUGGAGACGAGGAAGAGGAGGAAGAGGAUGAAGAGGCAUGUUAGUUGGGCGUAACCUUCCUGACCCCGGAGAACAAAGGCUAACGAGAGGCUUUUAAAAGUAUGGAAACGGCGCCUGAAAGAGGCGACGAAAAAGGGCUUCGCAGCUCCGGUCCUCGCCUCUCGCCCCGAAGGCUCCCUUGCAGACGCCAGAGACGAGAGGGACAAGAGGGACAAGUUGACGGAGGGACAGCAAGGAGACGACGUCUUCCCGACCGACCGGCCGGCGGCGAAAAGAGAGACUUUUAGCGUCUUCGCCACCGAGCGUCUGUGCGUCCAUCACUGCCGCGGCGGAUGAAAAACGGGGGAUAAAAGAAGCGCCAUCUCGCUUUCACUGUCUUGUUUAUUAAGAUCUCAACAACCUACGGCUGUUUAGAAAAAAAAAUAAAAAAUGUCAACUUCCUGUUUGUCAGAAAAGAGAAAAAAAAAAAAAGUCUGGAAAAUGUCUGUCGUCUUAUAUUUAUUACAAAAGCGUUCCACUUGUUGACAGGAUGCUGAGAAGAACUUUGGGCGCUGGUCUGGGAACAGUUUGACCUCCUCACGUACUGACCUUAAAACGAGGCGGCGCCCUGAAGGCCGACCCGCCGCGUGUCUCCGUGUCUGUUGAUGUUUUUGAAAGAAACGCCCCAAACCCCCCCGAAACGGUUUCACCGCCACCGGGACCCGACUCUGAUUCCCGGGUGAAUUGUGCCAAACUAAACCAGCACCGAGCAACUCGGCCUUCCUCCAAGCGGUGACCUUUGGGGUCACGGGUACAUGAUGCGUGUGACGGUCUUCCACAAACCUUCCCCCCCCCCCUUUUUUUUCUUCUUUUCUUUCGUUUUUGUAAAAAUGUAAUUUGGCACUUUAUCUAAUCCCCCUGUUUCAUAUGUGUACAUAAUAAACAUGUAUUUUAAUCUCCCGAUGUCAUAUAAUAAAUAUGAUCGAUGAA